AUCAUUUCCAUUUCCCACAGCCACAUAAGAUCAUGGCCUUCACCUUGACUUUGGAUGGUAAAUAAAGCUACAUACAUAUCAUCAUCAUCAUCAUCAUCAUCCAGUGAAAGAUGUGUGUUUUCUUCUUGUGUGAAGCCAAACCCAUAACAACAACAAGCAAAACAACCAUUGGAACCCAACAUAGUGCUGAACAACCUCGGUAAAUAACCAUGGACAGCACCGAAGACUCAUCAACCAGUUCACAACAACAACCAAACCUCCCACCCGGCUUUCGGUUCCACCCCACAGACGAAGAGCUCGUGGUUCACUACCUCAAGAAGAAAGUUGAUUCUGUUCCUCUCCCUGUUUCCAUCAUCGCUGAUGUUGAUCUCUACAAGUUUGAUCCAUGGGAAUUACCAGCUAAGGCAUCGUUUGGGGAGGAAGAGUGGUACUUUUUCAGUCCAAGAGAUAGGAAGUACCCAAAUGGCGCGAGGCCAAACAGGGCUGCAACUUCAGGGUACUGGAAGGCGACGGGGACAGAUAAACCCAUAUGCAGUGGAACUCAAAAGGUUGGGGUGAAGAAAUCUUUGGUUUUCUACGGCGGAAAGCCACCAAAAGGGGUGAAAACCGAUUGGAUCAUGCAUGAGUAUCGUCUCGCUGAAACCAAGCCUAACAACAGACCACCUGGCUGUGACUUGGGCCACAAGAAAAACUCCCUAAGGCUGGAUGAUUGGGUGUUGUGCCGGAUCUACAAGAAGGGCAACACACAAAGGUCAGCCAUGGAGCAGGAGAGGGAUGAUUCCAUGGAUGACAUGAUUGGAGAAGUACCUUCUUCCAUGAACGUGGGCCACAUGAAUGCGAGAUUUCACCUUUCAAAGAUGUGUACGAGCUACAGUGGUGCAUUGUUGGAAAAUGACAGAAACACGUUAGAAGGGGUGGUUAUAGGCAAUGGUGUGAAUGGGAUGAGCACUACUGCCACAAGUGCCAUGCCAUCUCAGUUUGGCACUUCAGCCUCCAAAAGAACACUCUCAACACUCUAUAACUGGAACGAUGACAGUGAUGAAAAACACUUCAAUUUGGACACUAAUGGUAAUGUCAGUGUUGUGAGGACUGAAGAGAACAAUGCUUCUCCUGGCUCCUUUGCUACUCUGCUUAACCAGCUCCCACAAUACCAAAUACAAGGGACCAAUUGGUACGGCUAACUCCUCUUUGGGAUAUCAUACGAUAUGUGAUAAUUAUAAUGCACAAGGAGAGGAAGUACUGAACUAAGGUGUGACAAGCAAUCCUCAAUAGUGCUAGAUUGCAAAGAUUUUUAAGGGUUAUUGAGCUUGUGGUUUGAUUGUCUUAGGAAAAUGGAAGCACGUUAGAGUACUCUAAUCAAUGUUUUCCUUCAACUAUUUGCAGGUAGCACCAGGUAAUUAAUAUCACAUGAGGUGAGGGAGUGAGCCACAUGGUACUUAGUUUUAUUUAUAGAUUCAUAUAGAACGAUAGGAUAGAGAUAUAGACAUAGAUAUAGAGACAUAUUUGCUUGUUUUAUAUUGGUGUGUAAAGAAACAAAAGAAGGGUGCUCUUUGUGUACAAAAUCUCAAGAGGGUAAGAAAAAAGAGUUAGCCAUUUAUAUUUCAAUAUAUGUAUACUUUGCUUUACAAACUGAAGAAUGUACAACAUA